AUGACCACUACUACUACUACUACUACUACUACUACUACUACUACUACUACUACUACUACUACUACUACUACUACUACUACUACUACUACUACUACUACUACUACUACUACUACUACUACUACUACUACUACUACUACUACUACUACUACUACUACUACUACUACUACUACUACUACUACUACUACUACUACUACUACUACUACUACUACUACUACUACUACUACUACUACUACUACUACUACUACUACUACUACUACUACUACUACUACUACUACUACUACUACUACUACUACUACUACUACUACUACUACUACUACUACUACUACUACUACUACUACUACUACUACUACUACUACUACUACUACUACUACUACUACUACUACUACUACUACUACUACUACUACUACUACUACUACUACUACUACUACUACUACUACUACUACUACUACUACUACUACUACUACUACUACUACUACUACUACUACUACUACUACUACUACUACUACUACUACUACUACUACUACUACUACUACUACUACUACUACUACUACUACUACUACUACUACUACUACUACUACUACUACUACUACUACUACUACUACUACUACUACUACUACUACUACUACUACUACUACUACUACUACUACUACUACUACUACUACUCACGAUCCAUCCUUGCAUAUAAUGUAUUGA